AUGGCCACCAUACAACCUCAAGAUCAACCACGAAAGAAGCGAACCAGGGCCAAGGUUCCCAAGGUCAGAACAGGUUGCAAAACUUGCAAACGUCGCCACUUGAAAUGUGACGAGGGAAAACCUUCCUGUCUUCGUUGCUUGAGAGACAAAUGGACAUGCGAUGGCUAUUCUCAGAGUAGCCCCGAGCCGCUUUACGUCAGCGGCACUUCGUCAUAUGAGUUGCCUUUGCAUCCGAAGUCCGAUGAAAUGACCAGCGGGUCCAGUACAUUACGCCCAGCUUUGACAGGCGGAGUGUUGGCCAAUACAGCUGAUAAUGCUCUUUAUUACCAUACGAGAGAAUGGGUGAUCCCUGACCUUGAGAUGAUUGAUGGCUCAAGAGAGUUCUGGCACGAUAUCAUAUUACCACUAUCCUACUCAAACACUGUCAUCAAACACGCGCUAUGUGCACUAGGGGCUUCUCAUCAGCGGUUCCUCGCAUCAUACCCAGGGAACCUCAACAACUUGGGCCAUUCUAUCGACUACGACUAUCAAGCGAAUCUCAAAUACAGCGAAGCUAUUGCUCUAAUACGUCCAGUCAUGGCAGAAAAUUCUGCCUCCAAUAUACAAACCGCAUUACUAUGUUACUCGGUGCGCCAUCUUCGCGCUGGUUAUCAACUUCUAGAAUCACUACGCGUCGCUCGAUCGCCGGAGACAUCACCGAACGGAACGAGCUGCCCACCAGAAGACCGGAAUGCCGGAGUUUUUAAGAUGUUAGCCGCAAUGUUCUCCUCUCUUGGAAAGAGUGUCGGUGCUUUCACAGGAGAUACGGCCUUCUCUAAUAUCACCCAGUGCGCCCCAGAGAUAGAUAUGGGUAAUCCCAAAACGCCCUUCUUGACUAUCACGGAGGCUGAAGUCUCUCUGUCGGCCUUGAACGCAUUCUUCGAUGAAUGCCUCUUUGGCAGUGACACUCUACCCGACAUCGAUCAGAAAGUCGGCUGCAAGAGCCUUGCACAAUCAGCAACCGAGUCGUUCAUCCAUGCCCUGGAUUUAAUAAAACCCCUCUUCCUUUCAUGGACUUCAAGGAUGCAACUCUUUGUCAUGUCUGUCCAGAUAACUCCAUUUGGAACCCUGGAGAAACGUCGCUUGGCAGUAUUAUCACUGUAUCAGACAACAUGGUCAGCUUUCCUCAACACAGACCCCCACAACACAGGGUUCGCGAAGAGUGACUAUGAAAGAAUACUCAAUAAGAUUGAGCAGAUUGUUGCGCUAGAAAACUCUCAAACCCGGCCGAUGUUUGCUUUUGACGGCCAUCUAGUUCGCGAGCUUUCUACAAUUUGCGCUUCAUGCACGGACGCCGAGAUUCGGAACAGAUCGAUCAUGAUAUUGCGGUCAAUGAAUAGACGUGAAGGGGUCUGGGAUAGUUGGGAGGUGGCGAACAUCUACGAGAAAGUCUUCAAAGGACUAGAAGACGGUACCUUGUCAUUCGACAACCUGCCAUGGGGUUUAACACAGCUAUUGAAAGAGCUAUCUAAUUGAAGUUUACUGCAUUUUAAUACACGACAUG